AUAGCACCAAUCAAUUGAUUAAUUCUAUUCAUAUUCUUCUUUCUAAUAUUUUACUUAAUCAUAAAUUUUUUAUAUUUUAGAUUUAUUAAAAAUAUUAAAAUAAAAAAAAAUUUUAAAAAUCAAUUAAAAAAUUACAACAAAUUUAUUUAA